UCUGUUAAUAUUUAGUCAGCAUUUCCAAUAAAAUUACCUUCUUCAGAUCAAACACUUUUACAUAGGCCCUACAUGUGAACCAAAUAGCUACCCAGGGAAUAUUCAACUUUGACUUGCUUCAUUCUUGUAUUUUUUGUGUGUACCUCACACUAAAUUAAUGAGAGAUGCAACAUUCUGAGGCUAAAUAAUUCAACUGGCUAUUCUUUAAAGAGCGUGGGGGCAAUUCACAUUACCAGAGGAAGAAACAUCAUAAGGAAAGCAAAAGCCAAAUGUUUUCCACAGGAGUCCUCGUUUUUGCUGUCUUGAUUUCAACUGCACUGGCUGGACCAUGGGCUAGUAUCUGCGCUGGCAAGUCUUCCAAUGAGAUCAGGACGUGUGACAGUCACGGCUGUGGCCAGUACACUGCUCAAAGAAAUCACAAGUCUCACCCAGGUGUGGAUGUCUUGUGCUCUGAUGGAUCUACCGUGUAUGCACCUUUCACUGGAAUGAUUGUGGGCCAGGAGAAGCCUUAUAAAAGCAAAAAUGCCAUUAAUAAUGGUGUUCGGAUAUCUGGAAGAGGUUUCUGUAUUAAAAUGUUCUACAUUAAGCCAGUUAAAUAUAAAGGUUCUAUCAAGAAGGGAGAAAAACUGGGAACUCUACUGCCCUUGCAGAAAGUCUACCCUGGCAUACAAUCCCACAUACAUAUUGAAAACUGUGACUUGAGUGAUCCUACCAUGUACCUCUAAGUAGAAGACACAUGACCAGAUCUACUAAAUAUAAAACCAUCUCCUUAAAAACCUGAAUGCAUCCCCUACUCUUCAAGAAAUUUGUGUCCAAAUAACAUGAUGCAUGCAACAAAG